AUGACGACUCUAGUCACUUCGUUACUAGAAGAAAUAAGAAAGAUAAAUGUAUUGGGAGUUGGAUGGAGAAAUCCAAAAUGCAAUGGUAUUCUUCCUCCAGGUUCUAUGGGUUUCCCUCUUAUUGGAGAAACUCUUCAGUUAAUCCUUCCUAGUCACUCCUUGGACCUUCCUCCAUUCUUGAAAAAUAGAAUUAAAAGAUAUGGACAGAUAUUUAAAACAAAUGUAGCAGGCAGGCCUGUUAUUAUAAGUGCAGAUCCUGAAUUCAACAGUUUUAUUCUUAGACAAGAUGGAAAAUUGGUGGAGACUUGGUCUUUGGAUACUUUUGCUGAAGUAUUUGAACAAAAUACUCAUUCUUCAAGAAAAUAUACUAGACAUUUGACUCUAAAUCAUUUUGGUGUUGAGGCCCUUAAGGAGAAACUACUUCCUCAAAUGGAAGACUUUAUUAAGUCAACUCUUUCUAAUUGGUCAAACCAUGAGUCUCUUGAAGUAAAAACUGCAGCCAUUAAAGUGACAGUUGAUUUUGCUGCAAAGCAAAUAUUUAGUGGUGAUCUUGAUAAUGCACCAUUCAAUAUCAGUUACAUGUUCAGGGACCUGGUUGAAGGCCUAAUGUCUUUCCCAAUUAAUCUUCCCGGAACUGCUCAUCAUAAAUGUUUGCAGCCUUACCCUUACCCUGGAAGGGCGAAGAGACUGUUUCUGGUAGACCCUCGGUUAAAGAAAGGAUGA